UUGGAUGUUAGCAAUUAUUAGUCCAUGGAAGGGAUUGGUUUAUUGGUUAGAUCCUGCUGGUGUGGAAAAUAAAGUGCGUGAAAAUGCUCGUAAAAUUAUUUAUGAGGGGCUUGUGAAGUUUAGCAUGGUCCAUCGAAAGGAUCUCAAAAAAAUUAAAAAGAAUCCUAAAGUUGGUUGGAACAAACUAAAAUGUCCUCGUCAACCUCAAGACGCCAAAUACUGUAGAUAUUAUGUAUGCCGUUAUAUGCUUGAGACUAUUGAAAGUAGGCAACAAUUGAUUUUGGAGGAGUUUUCCCCUGGGGCUGCUUCAACUUAUUCUCAGGAGAGCAUUGAUCAAGUUCGAGAUUUAUGGAUUUCUUACGUUGUCAAACAUAGGCAACAAAAAUUGGAGAAGGAAGGAGAAGAUUUGGAUGAUGUGUUAUAAGAUCAUAUCGAUGGAAAUUAUUAAAGAUUAGAAUUCAUGAAGAAUUUUGAUGACAUUUGACUUUUGGAAUAAGAUAUUUGUAUAGUUGAAUUCUAGUCUAAUUAUAUGAUGAAAUGGUUUAUAAUUUUUGCUGUUGGUAUAGCAUGUAUGAAC